UUAGAGGGAAGAUAAUGUACAUAACUGGAACAAAUGUGGGUUUUAUAAGACUGGGCGUGAUAGCCACGGUCAUUGGUUUAGUGGUUUCGUCUAAAAAUAGCAUUAAUCUGACCCACUUUUUACUUGAUAAUUACCCGGAAUAUCCUAUCCGUCCAGUGAUGAAUGAAAGUACACCGAUAGUGGUGUAUCAUCGUAUGACGCCUAUACAGCUGAUAGAUAUGGUAAGCUUAAUAUGUUUUGCACUUUGGCAUAAUCAGACGUGGACAGAUGAAUAUUUGACAUGGGAUCCUGACGAUUUUGGUGGUAUUAAAGAAAUACAGAUACAUAUCUCUAAAAUAUGGCAACCGGAUGUGGUAUUGUUUUCUAGCACCGGCGAACUGUUCAAUCGCCAUUUUGAUACUGACGCGAUUGUCUCCUAUGACGGGAAGGUGGUGUCUUUACAAUUCUCCGUCGUCCAAUCAACAUGCUCUAUUGACGCAACGUUCUUUCCAUUUGACGAACAAAACUGUCAAAUGAAGUUUGCAUCGUGGAGCUAUCACGGUGGGUACAUAGAUAUCAUCCCCAGUAACAAGAGUAACAUUGACCGAUUUAUUAGCAAUGGAGAAUGGACAAUAGAAAAAAUGGAAGUGAAACGCAAUGUUGCUCACUAUGUCUGCUGUGACGAGCCCUUCCCGGAUGUGACGUAUACGCUCCACUUCAAACGUCGAUCCAACUUCUAUGUCAUAAACAUAAUCCUCCCAUCAUUCCUUGCGAGUAUUAUGAUGUGUGUGGGCUUCUACUUACCGUCUGACUCAGGGGAACGAAUUACUCUGUGUGUUACUAGUAUUCUUUCCCAGAUCGUGUUUCUUACUAUCGUGUCAGCAUACAUGCCACCAACGGCCGAUAUCAUUCCACAUAUACAAAUGUAUUUAUUCUGUUUGAUUUCGAUGGGAGUAGCAUCUGCAUUUUUAAUAUCUUCAUCGCUAAACAUGCACUUCCGAAAUCCAGGAUGUCGGAAAGUUCCAGUUGGGUUGAAGAUAUUCGCCUUCAAUUUUCUCUCGCGGAUUGGCUGUACACGGCCAAGGGUGUCUCCGAAACAAGGGGAGCGACAAUCAAGUGCAUAUUCGAAUCAUGUAGAGGUAGCCGAUAACGGCAAUAUCAAUAAUCACAAGAUGGUGUACGAACCCACGGUGGAGAGCAUGUCACUGCCAUCAACACAGAAUACAAAUGCUAACAAAAAUGACAGAGAAGAACAACACCGAAGAACGUGGACAGAUGAAUAUUUGACAUGGGAUCCUGACGAUUUCGGUGGGAUUAAAGAAAUACAGAUACAUAUCUCUAAUAUAUGGCAACCGGAUAUGGUAUUGUUUACUAGUAUCAGCGAACUGUUCACUCGCCAUUUUGAUACAGACGCUAUUGUCUCCUACGAUGGGACGGUGGUCGCGUUACAAUUCUCUGUCGUUCAGUCAACUUGCACCAUCGAUGCGACGUUCUUCCCGUACGACGAACAAACCUGUCAAAUGAAGUUUGCAUCGUGGACCUAUCAUGGCGGGUACUUGGAUGUCCUUCCAAGUAAUGAGAGUAACAUUGAACGCUUUAUCAAUAACGGCGAGUGGUUACUAGGAGAUAUGGACAUAAAACGCAAUGUUGCUCACUAUGUCUGCUGUGACGAGCCCUUCCCGGAUGUGACGUAUACGCUCCACUUCAAACGUCGAUCGAACUUCUAUGUCAUGAACAUAAUUUUCCCGUCAUUCCUUGCGAGUAUUUUAAUUUGCGUGGGCUUCUACUUACCGUCCGAUUCAGGAGAAAGGAUUACCUUGUGUGUUACUAGCAUUCUAUCCCAGUUUGUUUUCCUGACUAUUGUAUCCAGUUAUAUGCCACCAACGACAGAAAACAUUCCGCACAUACAACGGUUUUUAUUCAGUCUCAUCUCGAUGGGAGUAGCGUCAGCAUUUGUUAUGGCUUCAUCGUUAAAUAUGCACUUCCAGAAUCCAGGAUGUGAGAAAGUACCAGAUUGGUUGCGGAAGUUCGCCUUUAGUUUUCUCUCACGGAUCGGCUGUACUCGGUCAAGAUUGACUCCAAAGCCGACCAAACAACAAUCAAAUGCUUAUUUGAAUCACGAGGAGUUUAUAAAUGACGUCAGCAAUAACCACAAGAUGCCGUACGAACAUCCGGUUGAGAACAUUUCAUUGUCACCAUCUCAGAAAAACGAUUGUGACGAAAAUGACCCGGAAGAACAACAACGACGACUGCGUGAAUGGCGUGAAGUAGCUCGAAUUCUUGACAGGGCUUACUUGUCUAUAUACUCACUCAUUUUAAUCAUUUUGACGGCAAUGUACAUUUUCUAUAUACCGGUAAUGGCAUUGGCCUCCCAUGAUGAAAAAGGUUACCAUGGAGGUGAACAACAUGGCGGUAGUCUUGGCACUCUGUGA